AUGGCACCAAAGAAGGCAGUGGAAGCGCCGACGAACAAUGUCGUCGCCUUCGGGCGCGUCAAGUCCAACCUCAAGAUGGGCUGUGUCGGCCUACCGAACGUGGGCAAGAGUUCGCUGUUCAACCUCAUGACCGAGCAGAACGCUGCGGCAGAAAAUUAUCCAUUUUGCACGAUCGAGCCAAAUGAAGCGCGCUGCGUGGUUCCUGACCCAAGAUAUGACUUCUUGUGCAAGGUCUGGAACCCACCGAGUAAAUACCCGGCGUACUUGCAGGUUACGGACAUCGCCGGACUGAUCAAGGGAGCGAGUGAGGGAGCCGGCUUAGGAAAUGCUUUCUUGAGUCAUAUCCAGGCUGUGGAUGGCAUGUACCAUGUUGUGCGGGCGUUUGACAACGAUGAGGUUCUUCAUGUGGAUGACUCCGUUGAUCCUGUUCGCGACUUGGAUACCAUUCAGAGCGAGCUGUGUAAGAAGGAUUUGGAUAUCCUUGCCAAGGCUAAGGUGGCCGAAGAGGCAAUCGUGCGCAAGGCUGGUGGAAAGUUCAAGAUGCUGCCGCUGUUCGACGAGACAACUGCCAAGAUCAAGGAGCUCUUGGAACAGGACAAGCCUGUUAGAGAUGGAGAGUGGACGACUCCGGAAAUCGAGUUGAUCAACGAGAAGUUGCGCCUCAUCACUACCAAGCCGGUGAUCUACCUCAUCAACCUUACGAUGAAGGAUUACCUCCGCCAAAAAUGCAAGUACUUGCCCAAGAUCGCGGAGUGGGUUAAGGCCCACGGCGGCCAAGGCACAGACAUCAUCCCCUUCUCCGUCGAGUUCGAGGAGAAGCUGUGGUCCCUGAGGGACGACAAGCCAGCACUCGAGGCUUUCAUGGCCGAUAUUAAGGUCCAGAGCCGCUUGGGAAAGAUCACUACCGAAGGCUUUACCAAGUUGGGCCUGCAGUACUACUUUACUGCUGGCGAGAAAGAAAUCCGCUGCUGGCCUAUCAAGCGGGGAACACUAGCUCCGCAAGCAGCAGGUGUCAUUCACGGCGACUUUGAGCGCGGUUUCAUCAAGGCCGAAGUUGUGGCAUACCAAGACUUCCACGACCUCUGCAAUGGCGAGAAGUCGAUGGGCCCAAUUAAGUCUGCUGGAAAGUACAGACAGGAGGGCAAGUCUUACGUCGUUCAAGAUGGUGACAUCGUGCACUUCCAGUUCAAUGUUGCACCGCCCAAGAAGAAGUAG